AUGAAUGCAAAAACAAUACUAUCGACCAAUGGGCGAGUGAAAUGUAAUAUUGAUGCCUCGUUUUCAUCGCAUAAUAAUAGAGUUGGGAUAGGUGUUUGUAUUCGAGAUGAGAAAGGCGCUUAUGUGUUAGCGAAGCUUGAUCAAUUCUCACCAAUUUGUGAUGUUCGUGUCGGCGAAGCUCUUGGCUUCUUGUCAGCGCUAUCUUGGGUUCAUGAAUUAAAUUUAGGACCGGUGGAUUUUGAACUUGACUCGAAGUUGGUGAUAGAUGGCUUCCAUUCAAAUAAUCAUGAUGUUACCGAGUUUGGAGAAAUCAUCUCACAUUGUAGAAGACUUUUCAACGUUUUUUAUGUUAACUCUAGUGUUGAGUUUAUUAGGAGGUAA